UGAGUCAAACUCUGAUGAAAUAUUCCCACAACAUUACGCUUUCAUUGUAUUUUCCCUGAGCAGCGAUGUUUACUAAACUAUUAUCUGUAAACAACAACGUUUUCAAAUGUUUUCAAACUCUCCAAGUCCGCUCUGCUCGAGGCUUUAGCAUUGGAGCUUCGUGCCUCGGUUCAGUGAGUUUAAAGGGUCGCAGCUGUCUCACUCUGAAAGACUUCAGCUCAGAUGAAAUCAAGAGGCUGCUGUGGGCGUCUGCAGAUCUGAAACAUCGGAUCAAACAUGAAAAACAGUCUCUUCCUCUUCUGCAAGGAAAGUCUAUUGCUAUGAUAUUUGAGAAGAGGAGCACCAGAACAAGAAUGUCCACAGAGACAGGUUUUGCUUUGCUUGGCGGACACCCCUGUUUCCUCACCUCUCAGGACAUCCACCUGGGCGUCAAUGAGAGCAGCACAGACACUGCAAGGGUUCUCUCAGGUCUCUGCGAUAUUGUCUUGGCUCGGUACAGCCACUCCAUGCUGGAGGAGCUGGAUAAGGAGGCCUCCAUCCCCAUCAUCAACGGUCUGUCUGACCUCUACCACCCAAUCCAGAUUCUGGCUGACUUCCUUACUUUACAGGAGCAUUAUGUCCUCAGUGGACUAACAGUGAGCUGGAUUGGAGAUGGGAACAACGUCCUGCACUCCUUUAUGAUGUGUGCAGCUAAAUUGGGAGUUCAUCUUAAGAUUGCUACCCCAAAGGGGUAUGAGCCAGACAGGAGUGUUCUUCAAGAGGCACAAAGACUCUCCAGAGAGCAUGGUACCCAGCUUGUUCUGACCUCUGACCCGAGGGAGGCUGCAACCGGCAGUGAUGUUUUGGUUACCGACACCUGGGUCGGCAUGGGACAGGAAGAACAGAAGACAAAGAGACUUAAAGACUUUAAAGGUUACCAGAUUACAAUGCAGACAGGAAGUGUGUCCAAACCAGACUGGACCUUCCUGCAUUCUCCUCGGAACAUGGAGGAGGUAGAUGACGAGGUAUUCUAUUCAUCCCGCUCCCUCGUCUUCCCCGAGGCAGAGAACAGAAAGUGGACAAUCAUGGGUCUGAUGGUGUCUCUUCUGACUGACUACACUCCACAGAUGCCUAUGCUCAAGUUUUAACUUCAGCUCCAAGGUGGAGUUUUGCUCAUCUGUCAUGAUGUAUGACAGUCCUGAUGUAGCUGCCUCUGUAAAGUUUAAUGUCAGAUUUUACUUAUUGAUAGCACCAUCACAACGCUACAUGGGUUACCCCAAAAUAAUAGUGUUUACAUUGUUUAAGUCACUUUAUGUUUUAGAGCAUGGAUAUCAUUGUUUGCUUUGUUCAGCUGUUCAGUUAUAGGUCAAAAUAAUCUGUUUACAUUCUACUUUUAAUGUGAUAAGGGGCCAAGAUUACAACGUGUGUGAGUUUUACAGUGGAAAUGUGUUUGACAUGUGUUACUGACAAGGAAAAAGAUUACUGAGCUUUUCCUCUACUUGCAUAAUGUUGUCGUGACUUCUCCACGAUCUCCACCAGCAUUGAAAAUUUGAAGGAGAAAAUGCGGUUGGUCCUAGCUGACUCCUUGCAGUCUCUACAUGGCAUUAACACAGCCACUGUAACUCCAACAUGAAGUUACAUUUUUAAGGAAAUGCCCAUUGGUCACUAUGCCUAAGCCCAGUAAAUGCACAAGUAUAAAUCCAGCUUUACAGCCCAAAUCCUUGUUUACAUCACACGAGAUUCCAAUUGCAUGGCAUGGGCACCCUGAACCACUGAAAGAAAAGAGAGAAAAAAAAACUGGUGAAACCUACCUGUCUGAUUUUUUUCUUAUUUAUAUUGCCUUAUGUGGUGAUAAGAGUGAUGACAUGUUAUAGUCUUAAAGCAAAAGAAAAUUGUGUUGUCAGAUUAAUCCAGUUAAGAGGAUUUUAUAUCCUUUUUAAGUCUGAAUGUAUACAAAUGUGCCUUUGACAUCAUGCUCUUCACUUUUAUAAUACUACUUAUGAGUUUUUGUAUUGUUCAGUUUACAUCAGAAUACAUCUAAAACGGUAUUGCUUGCAUUCAGAAUAUAAAAUAUGUUUUAAAGGGCAGAAUCCCACAAUAUAUCACAAUCUGGCACCCUCUCAAAUCACACCUUGCACAAAGUACACUUCCUGAGUUGUAACCCACUCUUCUACAAUAGUAUGAGUUAUGGAGUGAGACAAGGGUAAUGGAUAAGGGAAUAGAAGGAGUUAAGCAAGUUCUGUAUUUAGACUUAGUUUCCCUGUUGUUAAUUUUUUAUUAUUUUUCCCUCCUGUAUUUACUUUAUGUGCAUUUAAUCCACAUAUGUUUUGUCCUGUUUACAUGUUCAUGCUCAUGUUUUCCUGCAUCUGUGAGCUUAUUAUUCUUAUGUUAUUUUCUGUAAAAUUAAAUGAGGGCUGGCAUUGCAACAUGA